AUGGAUUUGGAUAAGAUAAUAUCGCUGAUAAGGCAAGGGAAACAUAUACAUGAAGAAACGGUGUAUACGUUGUGUUUGAAUGCACAAGAACUAUUAAUCAAUGAAGCUAACGUGAGCAAAGUUGAUACGCCAGUGACUAUUUGUGGUGAUAUUCAUGGUCAGUUGCAUGAUUUAUUGACUCUAUUUGAUAAAAGUGGUGGAGUUGAAAAUAGUAGGUAUAUCUUCUUGGGAGAUUUUGUUGACAGAGGAUUCUAUUCAUUGGAAUCCUUUUUGUUAUUAUUAUGUUAUAAACUGAGAUAUCCAGAUAGAAUUAGUUUGAUUAGAGGUAAUCAUGAGACAAGACAAAUUACAAAAGUCUAUGGGUUUUACGAUGAAAUCAUGAGGAAAUACGGUAAUAGUAAUGUUUGGAGAUAUUGUUGUGAAGUAUUUGACUAUUUAUCCCUUGGUGCAGUUAUCGAUAAUAAAAUUUUCUGUGUUCAUGGUGGUUUAUCACCAGAUAUUAAUACUAUCGACGAAAUUAGAGACAUAGAUAGAAAGCAAGAAGUUCCACAUGAAGGUGCCAUGUGUGAUUUAUUGUGGAGUGACCCUGAUGAAGUUAUGACAUGGUCUUUAUCUCCUCGAGGUGCAGGUUUCCUGUUUGGAAAAAAUGAGGUAGAUAAUUUUUUGUACAAAAAUGAUAUAGAACUAAUAACAAGAGCACAUCAACUAGUAAUGGAAGGUUACAAAGAAAUGUUCGAUGGCGGGUUGGUUACGGUUUGGUCGGCGCCAAAUUAUUGUUACAGAUGUGGUAAUGUUGCUGCAGUGUUAAGAAUAGAAGAUGAUUUGUCAAGAAAUUAUACAAUUUUUGAUGCUGUACAGGCUCAAAAUGGCGUUGGUAAUGCAAUAAUACCGACAAAGAAAGUACAAAUGGACUACUUUUUGUAA